AAUACACACAACAUGUUCUGAAGGUGGUAUUCAUAUACCUUGUCAAUCAUUUGAUGGUCAGUAGAAUUCUUUGGUCGUUCGGGAUAAUAAAGGUAGUCCGUUGACAUUAUUUCAGUUGCAGAAAGAUAUUUGGAGAAAAAAUGAAAACAAGAGUAAGGAAGUUCUUAUCAAAGAACUAAAGGAUUUGAACAAAACUAUAUCUUGGACCAAAGAAACUAUCGUAGACGUCAAUGGAGUCAGUAAGAGCUACAUAAGAAUGAGCAAUGGUGGAGUAAAACUUCCACAAUAUAGACAGGUUAGUAUUAUGAAUAAAGACAACAAAAUGAGCAAAAAAUAAGACUGUGCUGAAGAAAGAACUUACACGACCACACUUAUGGAUACAGUACCUGAUUCAGUUAGAGAGGCGGCCGAUAUCGGCAAAGAUGUAAUGGAAUUUACCACGAUAAAUGAUCCUAUUGAAAUGGAAGCAUUUGCUAACAAUGCUAAUGAAGAAGAUUGGUCAUUUGAAAUACAAGAUGAAAACAAUCAACCUACAGGUGAAAUUCUUAUAGAAGAAAGUAGGACACAGCAAACAAAUACAAAAGAACCCAUUCUAAGUGGAACACAUUUAGAAAUAGCUACAUGGAAUGUAUUCUAGCUAUGUUCAAGAGAUUGUAAUAAGAAAGGUAAAUGGAAUAAUGUCACACCGAAUGACUUACUCGACUGUUUUAAUGACUUAAAAAAAUGAGAAAUUUUCUUGAUACAGAAGUCCGUGUUUGUGUAAGGUAUUUAAAGAAAGCAAAAGGUUUGUCAAGAGUAAAAGAAUCGAGUAUAAAGUCUGUCAAACUUGAGGAAAUGGCUAAAUUUCUAGGAAUGGAGGUAACAGAAAAUCUUGGACAAAAAAAUGUCAAAAAACGUUCCAAUCAAAUUACAUCAAGUCUUCAUGAUCUUGCUUUGAAAGUUGUAUCUAAGUAUCCAAAAGCGCAGCUAAAUGUGAUAUUAGCAGAGUACCGGUUUUUCGGACGAGUACAAAACCUGGAUUAAACCAAUUGAAAACAUAAAAAUCGACGAUGAACCAUGUGAGUGGUUCUAUAAACCGGACUAUAGUGUUUCUAGAAAGCAGGUAGAAGUAGAGUGUAUAGACAGUACACACUUAUUUACAAGAGCGCGAAGAAAGUCUUGUACUGGUGGGAUUCAGGGAAUUACGAACAAACCAUGGACCAGAGUAGCUUCUAAAAGAUCUACACUUCUCACUCCAAUUAUGGUGAGUGAUAUCACGGACCCUAUGUCCGUUUCUAUGGCGAAGACCCAUUUCUCUGAGGGUGUCGAGUUGGACAUGAGACACAAUGGUGACAUAGCAGCAGCCGAUUUAUGUAGAGACAUCAGAAAUUGGUGGGAAUCUGAAGAUAGACCUGGCAUUUCGGCUUCAACCCGCAUUAAAAUGAGGAAACCGCUUAGAAAACGUUUACUAUCCCUGGUUAACUUUUUUAGGUUUCCACCUGCAAAGCAAUACGUUUGCGGCUGGCCCGUGCAAUUAUGGGAAGCUUUAUUAGCAAACAUCGACGCAAAGGCAUACCUUUACUCGUUAGUUCACAAUGGAACCUAUAACCCUAGAGCCUUUAGUAGUAUGAUUGGCGAGACUUUUUUCUCAGAACUCACGUUGAACGACAGACGCGGACAAGGAACAGUGUCGGCCUCUGAAUUUGGUCAAUACAUCGGACAUGCGACGGAGCAGGUACAAAUUAGGCUUGACGAAGACAGGAAUUUCUCGCUUUGUACGUCUAAAAAGAAAGUAUACGACGUUGUUGACGAGCCGGUAGAAUGCGGUUCAGAUCACGACAACACGGGGUGUAUGGUUUGUAGAGGAAACAAAGACAAAAUGCCACAAAAUAUUUGUCCAAAGGAUCACCCGUUUGAUAAUCCAGAAAGAAGACGGCUACCAGGUCGUAGAAACAGAGACCAUAUUCCAACCGAUAGGAAUGCAUUACAAAGGGGCACUCUUGGUGUUAGAUUUGAAAAGGCGCGAUGUAAUAUGUCUAAAAUGAUGGCUACCGAUAGAAUGGGUAUAGAUCUUAAUAAUUAGGGUGAUUGACAUGCAUUGCUUAAGUACAACUCACAGCAACAUAGUUUUGGUAAAAUUCAAACCAGAUCUAAUAUUAAUACAAGUAAAUUGGACAGCAGUGUAAAUGGUUAACUGUCUACCCAAUGAUACAGAAACAAGUGAAGUACCUGGUUCCAACAAUGCAGUGAUGUAAGACGAAUGAUUACUGCUUUGCUUUCUUUGUUAAGUAAUACAAUGGAGACUUCUUCUGAUAUGUUAGCAUAUUUUCACUGAUAAAUAAAUAAAGAUAAGACAAAUGUUUCUACUUUUAUUGAACGUGUAUAGAACAAUCACUAAAAGUUUGGAAUUGCCUUGAUUUUUCAGAUAUAAAACAAAAAAUAAUAGUAACAAACACUGAUAUUGCAUAAAAAUAACAUUCUCAAACAUCAUCAAUAACAAGAGACCUGAAUUAUCACAAAAUGGUCACAAAACCAGGUUUUCAGAACGAAGUGUCAGAGGCCUUGAAAAUAAUAAAACAUACAAAAAAAAUUUAGACCGCUAAUUUUAUGAAAAUAUUUGUUGAAUACUCCUUAAAAUACAGUACUAGUAAUCUAUUCUUAACAUAAACAAAAAUAACAGAGUAUUCUUGCUUUUAUAUACAAUUAAAUAAGCGUUUCGAAUGAUCAAGUUUGACACAAAACUGCUAGCAAAUCGAAGACGAACGAAAAUGAGCAUAACAUUAUACAUUCGAAAUUAUUUAGGUCACAAUAGUUCUGUGAAAGUCUAAUUGAAAUCCCUUGAAAAAUUUAGGCCUUACACAAAGAAAAGUUUUCUCUAUAUAUUACAUUAUUUGAAAUCUGUCAAACAUUAUCAGAUUACUAAACCCCGAUAUACACCUUCGGAAAACCUGGUUAAAAUUAUCACAGUAAUUCAGAAAUUAUACUUAAUAAUCAUAAUACUUAAAACAAUAAGAAAAUAUUAGAAAAUAAUAAAAUAAUAAUAAAACUGUUUAAAACUGAUUUAAACAUAUAAAUGAUCGCUGCCUGCAUAUGCACGAUUUUCAAAUAAAUGAUCACAUUAUCAAAAUAUUGCUUAUAUAUCACAUAAAUAAUCACAAGUCAUUUCAGAGCAUGCGUUAAAAACAACGCUAAUACAAAACAUUACAGUGAUUAACUUGCUAAUUAUCACAUGGAUUAAUUACCGGUAAUUUAUAUAAGUGAUCGUUGCAUGUCUUUGCACAAUCACUUUUAAAACACAUAAUUACACAUACAAAAUAAAAUCAUCGCAAUAAAAAAAAUUCUACAUACAAACUGAUUAAUCUAUUAUUUAUGAAUUCACUGAAAUGAGUAUGAAAUCAUGAUUUUUGAGUAUCAUGAUUUUUGAGUACAUAAAAA